AUGGAGAAUAUCACAUCCCUCUUGCCCAUCAGCCGUUCUCUUGUUCCCGUCGCCCUCGCUGUCACUUCAGUAAUAGUCUACUGUCUUGCUCUUGCCAUCUACCGUCUCUAUUUCCAUCCCAUCGCCCAUUUUCCAGGCCCCCGGCUCGCUGCACUGACAAGAUGGUACGAGUUCUACUACGAAAUCAUCCAGAAAGGUCAAAUGACUUUUCACAUUCAAGACCUCCACAAGAAAUAUGGUCCCAUCGUCCGAGUGACACCGAAUGAAUUGCACGUUCUCGACUCCGACUAUUUUGAAGAACUGUACGUCAAGUCCGGCAGACUCGACAAGUACGCCCCCUUUUCGGCCAGGUUCGGCACCGACGAUACCUUCUUCACUGCGCCGCUGCAGGAAGACCAUCGUCGCUUGCGCAAUGCGGUAGCCCCUUUCUUCUCCAAGCGGAAAAUCAUCGACUUUCAACCCGUGGUGCACGCUAAAUUGGGGAAGCUUUGCUCCAGAGUCCAAGAAUACGUAGGGACCGAUCGUGUGCUGCCGCUUCACCGUGCCUGGACGGCCUAUGCAGGCGACGUCGUGACCCAGUUCUGUUUCGCAAAGGCCUACGACCACCUCGACUCUCCAGAUUUCAAGGAGACCUUUCAUGAAGCGAUGCAUGCCGCCUGCGAAUCGUCCAGCGUGCUGAUGCAAUUUCCUUGGCUUUGGCCUAUAAUGAACAGCCUGCCAGACUGGUUGGUGCUGAGGCUCGAGCCGAACAUGUAUAUGCAUAUACAAGUGCAGCAGGACUUCCAUCGAACCAUUUCCGCGCUCAGAGAGAACCACGACGAACCCGAGAAGAUGGUCGACCAUCCCACGCUAUUCCACGAGAUGCUUCACAGUGACCUCUCCUCGAAAGAGAAGUCCGUGAACCGCAUGGUGCAAGAGGCUCAAGUCAUCAUCGGUGCCGCAAUCUUGACCACGUCCUGGGCCGCGGCAGUGGCCAGCUUCCAUAUCAUUAACAGUCCAGAAAUCUUCAGGAAGCUGCGCGCCGAGCUAGAAGAAGCAAUUCCCGACCCAUCGAGGCAACUCGACUGGCAAAAUCUUGAGCAGUUGCCGUAUCUGACAGGGUGUAUCAAAGAAGGUAUUAGACUAGCAUAUGGCAUUGCUUCGCGACUACCUCGCGUGGCCCGCCAUGAUUUGAAGUACAGAGACUGGGUUAUUCCAGCCGGUACCCCGGUUUCCAUGACAAUCGUCGACAUGAAUCACGAUGAGGAGGUCUUCCCCCAGUCGCAUUCUUUCGUUCCAGAGAGAUGGUUGGAUAAUCCAACUACCAAGGACGGCCAGCCUUUGGAGAGGUACUUCAUUGGCUUUGGGAGAGGAACGAGGCAAUGUAUCGGUCUGAAUCUUGCUCAAGCCGAACUGUACAUGGGACUUGCCACCAUGUUUAGGAAGUUCUCCUUUGAGUUGUACGAGACCGACCUGUCGGACACGGUUCUCGCUCAUGAUUAUUUCGUGCCAACUGUCAAGAUCGACACCAAGGGAAUUAGAGUUAAGGUGAAAUCGGUUGAAAAGUAG